UUUUUAGUUGUUUCACCAAAGCAAUUGUAAUUUGUAACGGAUUUUCUGCGUUCAAAAAUAAUAAUUUUAGAUUGGGUGCAUAAACUUCAUUGCAACAUAAUUAUAAUCAUUAUAAUAUAAUGGCGGAAUUUAAGACUCCAGUUAAGAAAUCAGUGACGCUGGUUGGAAACGAUAAACGUGAAAUUGCAAUUCCGCCUUCGCCCUUCUUAAAUCGCUUGGGCUAUGGAACUGGAGUUUCUGUUAUGCAGUUAGUUCGGUCACCUAAAGCAGGAGAGAUACGAUCACCAUGGGCUCUUAAAAUGCUGAAUAAGCGCGUAAAACCAAAUAAAGUGUACAUAGAAAGACUUCAAGCUGAAGCUGAGCUAUUACAGAAAAUGUCCCAUCCAAAUAUUGUGGGGUUCCGAGCAUUUAGUAAGACAAAGAUUCUCUACCUGGGCAUGGAAGCCUGUGACUUAUCACUUGGUGAUAUGAUUGAGAAGAGGGUUGAAGAAGGUGCUCAUGCUUUUGCACCAAAAUGCAUUUUAAAGGUUGCAGUUGAUAUUGGACAUGCUCUGGACUAUCUUCACACUAAAAUUAACAUUUUACAUGGAGACAUGAAGUCAUAUAAUAUAUUGGUGAAUGGAGACUUUGUUAUAUGCAAGUUGUGUGAUUUUGGAGUGACUUUACCACUUGAUGAAAAUGGUAUAUUUGACAAGGAUAAAACUGGGAAAGCUAUAUAUUAUGGUACAGAAGCAUGGAGUGCUCCUGAAGUACUGCAUGGAGGUAUUAUCAGCAAUAAGACUGAUGUAUGGUCUUUUGGUCUAACAUUGUGGGAGAUGAUGUCCUUAUUGCCACCCCACACCAACAUAGAAGAGGACUUUGAUGAAACUAUGGGCAGCAUAAAUGACAGUUACAUGGAUAAUGCUUAUGAGAUGUAUGGAACCCGACCAGCUUUACCUGCAACAAUAUCAGUACAAGAGUACAGCGGACCAGUAGCACUAUUUCAAGCAGCCACUGAAUUAAAGAGCGAAGAUAGGCCUUCAGCAGGCGAGUUGGCUGGUGCCGCAAAAUCCAUUUCUACUAGUAGCUAAGUAGUGAUGAGUUAACAUGAUUAAGUUGUUUAAUAUCUUUGAGCACUAUGUUGGUUGUAUAUACCUGCCAGGUAUGCCGCUCAGGACCACUAGGUGGCCCUUUAAGCAGGCUAUACCAAGUCAUAAAAGCUAGCAACGAACUUGAGAUCCUUCUGGCAGUGUAGUGUUUAUGGGCGGUAUCAGUUAAUAUCAGGUGUGCCUCCUGCUAGUUCCAUAAAAAAGUUAUAGUAAAACUGAGUUUAUAGAAAUAAAGCAUAUCAUUGUUAUGAAUACUUAAUAGACUAAAUCACUG